AUAAGAACUGAGGAUCAUUGAACAGCGGCUGAGAGACCAGACAUGGCGAUUUUAAGACUACCAGUAAUCUUUCUUAUGUUGUGCUCGAUAGUUGGAGUCAUUGAAGGUUGCAGUGAUACAAGCGAAUGCCAAAAUGGAGGAACUUGUCAUACAAGUGCUUGCAAAUGUGCGCCGGGGUACACGGGAACAAGCUGUGAAACUGAUAUCGACGAAUGUGCAGCAAGCGGGGCCGACGCUCCCGAUUGUGAUGCGAAUGCUGCGUGUACGAAUACGCCUCCAGGUUCUUUCACCUGUACGUGUAAUCACGGUUUUGUUGGGAAUGGAAAAACUUGCACUGAGGGUGUGUGUUCUGAUGGUGGGAACGAAUGCAUCAACGGAGGAACAUGUGACACACACGCCAAACCCACUACGUGUGCCUGUGUGGAGGGUUACACAGGAAACAUCUGUGAGACUGACAUCAACGAAUGUGAAGCAGCCGGUGAUGACGCUGACGAGUGCGAUACGAAUGCUGCGUGUACGAAUACGCCCCCAGGUUCCUACACCUGCACGUGUAAUGAAGGUUUUGCUGGGAAUGGAAAAACUUGCACCGAGGGCGUGUGUUCUGUUGGUGGAAACGAAUGCAUCAACGGAGGAACAUGUGUCACAAGCCCCACCCCCACCACCUGUACCUGUGCGGAGGGUUACACAGGAGAUACCUGUCAGAACGAUGGAGAUACAGUGAAGAUUUCUACAUACUUGAUGACGUUGACUGUUUUCACUUUCUUUGUCAUCCUGUGAAACGAUCAUUCCCACACUGACUGCCACAUCAUGUUUGAAACUACUUGUUGUUUAUAAUGUUGAUAUAAGCAAAUAAGGGAACAUUUAUUAAGCGAAUCAUGAGAUUAAUCCUCCAUGUUUUGAGCAAAGAGAAAUUUAAAUUUUAUUCUUUGAACACAUUGUUGAUAAUAGAAGAUAAGAAGAUAUUUUUAUUAGUAAAUUUUGUUCAUUGGUAUAUCAUUAAUAGAUUGUGCUUUUAUUCUAUAUAGUAGAUGUAUUGGUUGGUGUGUGUGCUUUUGAAUAGAAUUGAUACCAAACGAUUCACAAGAAAUUAUCAUUGAUUCCGUACUGAUCGUUAACGUCUCACUAUAGGUAAAAAGACAAAAUUCCUCUCGUUUGUCGUUUCGGCCGCUGAUAACAUGUUACUGAUGACGUGGACCUCUCUCCCAGUGACCACUGACACAGAGUAAAUGUUAUCUACUUUUUACUUACAGUGAUACAACAAUUCACGUUAAAAUUAAUAGUAUUAUGUUAUUAAGUAAUAUUUGUACUUUAUUUGAAAUAA